AACAAGGUCACCGCGGAACGCAUUGAAGCGGGCACUGAUGCACGAACAACAAUUAUGAUCAAGAACAUCCCAAACAAGUUUACACAAGCCAUGCUCAAGGAUUGGAUUGACGAGACAAGUGCCGAUUGCUAUGACUUUCUGUAUUUGCGCAUCGACUUUCAAAACAAGUGCAAUGUUGGCUAUGCUUUCGUGAAUUUCGUCGAGCCUAGGGACAUUGUGACCUUCUCGCAGCGUCGCGUGGGCGCUUCUUGGAAUGUCUUUUCGUCUGAGAAGCGAUGCGAUAUCAGUUACGCCAACAUCCAAGGCCGAGACAAACUCAUUGAGAAGUUCCGCAAUUCGAGCGUCAUGGAUCAAGACCCUGCCUUUCGACCAAAACUCUUCCACACAAUUGGAUCGCUCAAGGGACAAGAGGAGGCGUUUCCUGCCUGCAACGACCCAAAGAAGAAGGCUCGAUCAACCAUGGACGCU